CGGCUUUUAAGUUCCAACCACAAUUCAUUCAUUCAUAUUUCAGUUGCAAAUCUCGGAGAAGUCUGAGAAAAAUGAAUAUAUAAAGUUGGAGAGAUAAACAAUCAGCAGAACACAUGACGAUACCGUUGCAAUAAUUCACCUUUUUUUUUCUUUCCCAACAUCUUCCCUUUUAUUUUUAUUGGCCUACUCUGCUUACUCCAAGAGGGGGAGAGAUAUUUCUCAAGGUUGGAUUCUCAAGUUGAUCUAUUAUAUUUUUGCUUGAUAAAACUUCGAAAAAUAACUCUGAGAAAUGUCUAGCCCAGCAAAAGUUCAGGAUCCUGCAUUUCAAGGAGUGGGUCAAAAACCUGGGACUGAAAUCUGGCGUAUUGAGAAUUUUCAGCCAGUUCCGUUGCCAAAGUCUGACUAUGGAAAAUUCUUUAUGGGGGAUUCUUAUAUUGUCUUACAGACAACAUCUAGCAAGGGUGGUUCAUAUCUAUAUGAUAUACACUUCUGGAUUGGUAAAGAUACUAGUCAGGAUGAGGCUGGAACAGCUGCUAUCAAAACUAUUGAGCUGGAUUCAAUACUAGGAGGGCGUGCAGUGCAGCACAGGGAACUUCAAGGCCAUGAAUCUGACAAAUUUUUGUCAUACUUUAAACCUUGCAUUAUCCCAUUAGAAGGUGGCAUUGCUUCUGGAUUUAAUAAGGCAGAAGGAGAAGAGUUUGAAAAGCGGUUAUAUGUCUGCAAAGGAAAGCGAGUUGUCAGAUUGAAGAAGGUUCCUUUUGCUCGAUCUUCAUUGAAUCACGAUGAUGUAUUUAUCCUGGACACUCAGAAUAAGAUUUAUCAGUUCAAUGGUGCAAACUCUAAUAUUCAGGAAAGAGCAAAGGCAUUAGAGGUUAUUCAGUUCUUAAAGGAAAAGUAUCAUGAUGGAACGUGCAAUGUUGCAGUUGUUGAUGAUGGCAAAUUGGACACUGAGUCCGACUCUGGUGAGUUUUGGGUUCUGUUUGGUGGUUUUGCUCCACUAGGAAAGAAAGUUCACAGUGAAGAUGAUGCUAUUCCCGAGACUACUCCCGCUAAACUUUAUAGCAUAACUGAUGGUGAGGUGAAGAUCGUAGGAGGAGAAUUAUCAAAAGGCCUACUGGGAAACAACAAGUGCUAUAUACUAGACUGUGGUGCUGAGGUUUUUGUAUGGAUUGGACGGGUGACACAAGUAGAGGACAGAAAGGCUGCCUGUCAAGUUGCUGAGGACUUUGUUGGUGGCCAGAAAAGACCAAAAACAACCCGCAUUACCCGUGUUAUCCAAGGGUAUGAAAAUAAUUCAUUCAAGUCCAACUUUGAUUCUUGGCCGGUAGGGACCACAACUGUUGGUGCUGAGGAGGGAAGAGGAAAAGUAGCUGCUUUGCUGAAGCAACAAGGAGCUGGUGUCAAGGGGAUGACCAAAAGUGCUCCCGUAAAUGAAGAGGUUCCUCCUUUGCUUGAAGGCAGUGGAAAGAUGGAGGUAUGGUGCAUCUAUGGCAGUGCCAAGACACCAUUGCCAAAAGAGGAUGUUGGUAAAUUCUACAGUGGAGACUGCUACGUUGUGCUUUAUACCUACCACUGGGGUGAGAGGAAAGAAGAUUACUUCCUAUGCUGUUGGAUUGGAAAGGAUAGCAUUGAGGAGGACCAAAAGAUGGCUGCUCGGUUGGCUAAUACAAUGUUUAACUCGCUUAAGGGGAGGCCGGUUCAGGGUCGGGUGUUUGAAGGUAAAGAGCCGCCACAGUUCAUUGCACUUUUCCAACCUAUGGUGGUCCUUAAGGGUGGUCAAAGCACUGGUUAUAAAAAGAGUAUCGAAGACAAAGGCUUGACAGAUGAAACCUAUACUGCAGAUUGUGUUGCUCUAUUUCAAAUUUCAGGAACCGCUGUGCACAAUAAUAAAGCACUGCAAGUUGAUGCUGUGGCAACAUCAUUAAACUCAACUGAGUGUUUCCUCUUGCAAUCUGGAUCUUCAAUUUUUACUUGGCAUGGGAAUCAAAGCACUUUAGAACAGCAGCAAUUAGCUGCAAAAGUUGCAGAGUUUCUGAAGCCUGGAGGUUCUCUUAAACAUGCUAAAGAAGGAACAGAGAGCAAUGCCUUCUGGUCUGCACUUGGGGGGAAACAAAGUUAUACCAGCAAAAAGGCAUCUACAGAGACUGUCAGGGAUCCCCACUUGUUCACUUUCUCUCUAAAUAAAGGAAAGUUUGAGGUUGAGGAAGUUUACAAUUUCACUCAAGAUGAUCUCUUGACAGAAGACAUUUUGAUACUUGACACACAUGCUGAAGUGUUUGUUUGGGUUGGUCAAUCCGCGGACACCAAAGAAAAGCAAAAUGUUUUUGAAAUUUGCCAGAAAUAUAUAGACUUCGCUGUGUCUCUAGAUGGUUUGUCUCCGAAUGUUCCACUUUACAAAGUUUCUGAAGGAAACGAACCCUGCUUCUUCACAACAUUCUUUUCAUGGGAUUCCACCCGAGCCAUUGUGCAAGGAAACUCAUUCCAGAAAAAGGUGGCAUUGCUCUUUGGAGCUAGUCAUUCUGUAGAGGUCAAGUCCAAUGGAAACCAAGGGGGUCCCACUCAAAAGGCUUCAGCUUUAGCUGCCUUAUCUUCUGCAUUCAAUCCAUCUUCUGCCAAACCAACCCCAUCGUCCCAGGCUCGAUCCAAUGGAAAUAAUGGUGGUCCUACACAAAGAGCAUCAGCUCUAGCUGCCUUAUCAUCUGCAUUCAAUUCAUCAUCAGCAAGCAAAAAGUCAGCUCCAAAGCCUUCCAGCACGGGUCAGGGUUCACAAAGGGCAGCAGCUGUAGCUGCUCUUUCUGCAGUUCUUACUGCUGAAAAGAAGACGCAACUGCAGGAUGGAUCCCCUGCAAAAUCCACUAGCAGCACUCCUGCUGUAUCUACCCCACCAUCCGAAACAAAAAGUGAAGCAGACCCUUCUGAAGUUGAGAAUUCUAAGGAGGUUGCCAAAGCCAAGGAGACAAGUGUAGCACCUGAAACCAAUGGGGAGGAUUCAGAACCAAAGCAAAAGAUACAGCUGGAUGAGAAUGGUACAUAUAGUUAUGAGCAGCUGAAAGCCAUAUCUGGUUCUGCUGUAACCGGAAUCGAUCUCAAACGGAAAGAGACUUAUCUGUCGGAUAAGGAGUUCCAGAUGGUUUUCGGUAUGGAUAAAGAAUCAUUCUAUAGAUUACCAAAGUGGAAGCAAGACCUGAAGAAGAAGAAAGUUGAUCUAUUCUAAGAAUUCCAGCAAGUGAUUAUGUGCUUCAUCUGCAUUCUGACUAGCAAUCCGUCAUUUAUUUUGAUCUCGAAUUCUGUUCGGAAAAUUGUGUUGUCGAUGGUAUAUGGUUCCUGGAUUGGUAUGUCUUAGCAUCCAAGAUUUGAUCAUACGAUGUUGUCUAAAAGAGAUAUUUUUGGGGUUUUCUUUUUCCUACCUUCUCACGGUGAUCACACACAUGGUAGACAAGGACAGCUUUGGCAUGGCAUGCCAGCAUUCUUUCACUUGGUUUGCCAUGUAUCUCCAUAAUCUUUGUUUCUUAUUCAACUUUCAUUUAUUUUAUUUUCCGUUGUUUUGAUUUGUUAAAAGGAAGGUGAUGUAUAAGAUAUUGCAUUUGUAUUGAACUCCAAUAAAAGUAAUGAAAAUUCAUUGUUUGAGAACC